AUGAGAAAACUUGGAUCUAAACUGGGCUUCGACACCUCAAAUACGGAAUAUUCCGGCCAACGUCAAGCCUGGAAAAAGCUCUCCUUCGUCCUCCAAACGACGAAUAGGGUUACGCUUGGCGCAAAUACAACAUCCGUGCAAAAAAGGGAGACAUUUAACGCCAAGGAUGAGCCCCUGAUAAUGGCGAGUCAUGCGGCGCAAAAUCGAAAAAGGCGUGGCUGGACGGAUAAUUUGAUGUCGGCUUUCACAAAUAUUCCAUGCUACGAGGCGCCGCUGCCUUUGACACUGCUACCGACAAAGCUACGCUACGCGCACGUCUACCGGAACCUCUCGGUGUCGUUCAGCCAGCUGGACAAGAACCUGCAGCUCGACCACGGCGGGUGGUACACGACGGAAUGGUAUCUAAUGUCCACCUGGUUCGACCUGCAACGGUCAAUAGUGUCGGAUUGCCAGAGCAGCGCCCUGAUCUCGCUGGCCGUUGUGGCGCUGUUCGCCCCGAUAGCGAUGCGAUGGCAGGCGAUCGCUUGUCUCCUCUCCAUCUGCUCGAUCAUCAUCGUGUCGGUGGGGAUUGUGGUGAUGCUCGGGUGGACGAUCGGGGUGUUGGAGGCGGUCAUUCUCGUGCUGGUCGUCGGCCUCUCGUUCGACUUCACCCUCCACUUCGGUGCCUCUCUACCCUCCGACGGGUGCCCGAUGCACCGGGUCGAACGGACAGCCGAGCUGGCGAUGGGCCCAGUCUUCCUCGCCGCCAUCUCGUCGAUCAUCGCCGGGCUGCCGAUGCUGCUCUGCAAGACGCACGCCUUUUUCCAGGUCGGCGUCUUCCUCGUCGUGUCGAUGUCGGUCUCCUGGGUGUUCGCCAACUUUUUCUUCGUCCCCCUGCUCACGCUGACGCUGUCGCGACGACAGCCCUGCCAACAGUGCCACGACAAGGAUUUCCAAAUGGUCCCGCGGUAU